GCAGUUAUAUAUUUGCGUGUUUAUAUUCUACUAAGCAGUUUUCAUUUCCAUUUACUUAUUUUCAGUUAUCAUUGGUCCAUUCCAAUCACGUAUUACACAAGUGACAACGCUGAUGUUGAGCGUACAAUUUUCAAUUAUAAUGAUAACGAGGUCAAAAUAACUCUUAACUCCACUGCUGAUUGGAUUAAAUUUAACAAAAAUCAAGUCGGCUAUUAUCGUGUUAAUUAUGCGCCUGAGCAGUGGCAGCAACUAACGAACGCCCUAAUUAGCGCCCGUGGUCAGUUCAGCAAUGCCGAUCGCGCACAUCUCAUCAAUGAUGCAUUCUCUUUGGCCGAUGCUUCACAGCUGGACUACAGCAUUGCACUGAACUUAGUGUUAUACCUGGAAAAAGAGUUAGACUAUGUGCCAUGGAGUGUGGCUAGUUCGCGUCUCUUAGAUAUCAGUAAUCUGCUCUACUACACCGAUUCAUAUCGCGACUUCGUAGUUUUCGCACGCAAACUAAUAGUGAAUGCCUAUGAAAAUAUCACAUGGACAGUGAGCACUGUUCAUUUGGAUAAUCUAUUACGUGUAAGUUUACUAAAUUUGGCCGGCCGUUUCGGUUAUGAGCCCAUGUUGAAGGAGGCAGCUACUCGUUUUACCGCUUGGCUUAGCAAUUCCACUGACAGACCUGAUCCGGAUAUACGUUGGGCUGUGUAUUACUUUGGCAUGCAAAGUGUAGGCGAUGAAAAGUCAUGGGAUCAGAUAUGGGAGUUAUUCAUUAACGAACAAGAUGCGCAAGAGAAAGUCAAAUUGAUGGAAGCUUUGUCGGCAGUAAAUUCACCGUGGAUAUUACAACGUUACAUCAACUUGGCAUGGAACGAGAGCUAUGUACGUAGCCAAGAUUAUUUCACUUGCCUCUCGUAUAUAUCACGCAAUCGCAUUGGACAAAGUUUGGUGUGGGAUUAUGUGCGCGAGAAUUGGCCGAAUUUAGUUGAGCGCUUCGGCAUUAACGAACGUUAUUUGGGCCGAUUGAUUCCAACGAUUACGGCGCGAUUUGUCACACAAACGAAAUUGGAGGAAAUGGAGGCAUUCUUUGCCAAAUAUCCAGAAGCUGGUGCUGGUACCGCAGCACGAAAACAAGCUCUGGAAACAGUCAAGUUCAAUAUCAAAUGGCUGCAGCAGAAUAAGGAGAAAAUUGCGCAGUGGCUAUCAGAGCAAAUCACGGUUGAUGAAAGUAUAACGACGACAACUGUGGAGCGGACAACUCAGCCGGCUAGCACCCAGUAAAUUUCCGAAUUUAUAAAUAACGUAUUCCACCCAAAGUCAUGAUAAUUGCGUGAUUUUAUUAAAGCUUUUGUUUAUUUUUUACUCAAAUAGUAUUUUACAGUAUGAAUUUAUGUAACUACUAUA